CCUUUAGCUUGCACCUCUGCCAUCCAGCCUUCCAUCCUUCACUCUUCCCUUCUCCUAUCCUCUCCUCACCUUUCCCAUCUCCAUUCGCUCCGUAGUCGAGCAUCUCCUACUUCAAGCAGCACGCCGGAGCGACCUCGGAUCGUCACCCUGUCCGCGAGUCCCAGCUAGGCGCCGUCCCUUGAUCCUUAUCUGCCGCUCUUUGGAGUUGUCACCGAGUCUCCCUCGCGAUCGCGGCUGCUUCCCUCGGCACGCCCAGACAAACACAGCUUUCCUCUUCGAGACCGAUAUGCGAUAGAGAACAAGACUCGACCCGAGCGAGAAAGAAGGCAGCUACCACAGAAGAACACAACAGAACCGACCAGAAUGUCGUCACCGGCGAGGAGCGGGCUGCUGGCCCAGGACCCCGUCCCCAUGUCAUCCUCACCCAGCCUCUCUCAGCAGCGGCCAUUUUCAUCGUCACUACCCCGAGGAGAGGUCACCGCCAGACUUGCCGAGCCGAUCCGGUCGGGGUCGCCCGUCAUGAGAAGCGGCUCGCCCCGUCCCGGAUUCACAAGACCUGAAGGUGGCGCGUCUGGCGACGCUUCGUCCUUCGCCCAAGGUCCUGGCGUGUCUGCUCUGGCCGCGGCCUUGUCCGACUCCCUGGGGCAAACGCCGCCGCGACAUGGCACGCCUUCAGCUCGCGUCGGCACGCCGCCGCUCCGUCCGCUGUCCCCCUCGGGAAAUGGCCGCUCUGCCACACCGACAAACUAUGGCUCCUUCGACUCGAGAGGCCGCCCUGGGGCCGAGAGCACGGGGCCCUAUGAAGAUCCCGAGAUUAUCAAGAGGCAUCUGGUGCAGCCCAGCGAGAUGGAGCACCCCACGUCAGAGGCAUCGUCGGAGACUGGCAAGGGCAAGCAGACUGCCGAUUUCGGCUUUGGUACCGCCGGCCUCCAUGACGACGAGUUCUCGAGUCUGCGUCUGCAGGGCGGGGACGUGACACGGGGCAUAUAUAAAUGGACCGAGCAGGCAGAGGCCAGGACGAAGAUGCAGCGCAGCAAGAGUUUCGACCAUUCGAGGCCCGAGCCUGAGAGCGAGACCCUCGACAUCAGCUCCAUCAAGGUGCCCGGUGGCUUCCGGAGGAACCAUCUUCGAAGAAAUGUCAUCAGCCCUUCAGGACAUCCCGAAGAUGGUUACGGAGGUGCUGAUUCUCCCGGUAGCAACCGACCACUCUUCACGUCAAGCUUUCUCGAAUUCUUGUCCAUCUAUGGACACUUUGCUGGUGAAGAGCUGGAAGAAGAUGACGAAGUCCUGGGCCCCAACGAAUACUUCCAAUCUGGUCAGGACAACGAGGAGGAAGAAAACGAAGAGCCUAUGGAAGAUAGCGCGCUCUUGGGCCCUUCGAAAAAGGCGCGGAAGAGAAAGGUGCGCGGCGGCAGCGGCCAGAACAGCCAGAUGAACGCGGCCCUGCUGCUGCUCAAGUCCUUUGUCGGAACCGGCGUCUUGUUCCUGCCGCGUGCCUAUCUCAACGGCGGUAUGCUCUUCAGCAACCUCGUCCUCCUCGGUGUAGCGUUACUGAGCUACUACUGCUUCGUUCUCCUGGUCACGACGCGACUCAAGGUCGAGGGCUCGUUUGGUGACAUGGGUGGCAUUCUGUACGGAAAAUGGAUGCGGGCCAUCAUUCUGGCUUCCAUUGUCCUCAGCCAGAUCGGUUUCGUCGCGGCUUAUAUUGUGUUCACGUCGGAGAACUUGCAGGCCUUCAUCCUGGCCGUGACCGACUGCCGCACGUCAAUCAGCAUCCCGAUGUUGAUUCUGAUGCAGAUGGUCGUCUUCCUGCCCUUUUCGCUGCUGCGAGAUAUCGGCAAGCUUGGAUUCACGGCCCUGAUUGCGGAUGCCUUUAUCCUGAUUGGACUCGCGUACCUCUUCUACUACGAUGUUUUGACGCUCGCUGCCGAAGGCCUCGCCGACAUCAUCAUGUUCAACCAGCGGGACUGGACGCUUUUCAUCGGAACGGCCAUCUUCACCUUUGAGGGCAUUGGCCUCAUCAUCCCCAUCCAAGAGUCGAUGAAGAACCCCGAAAAGUUCCCCAAGGUCAUGUUCCUCGUCAUGAUCAUCAUCACCAUUCUCUUCACCGUCAUGGGCGCCAUCUCGUACGCUGCCUACGGCUCCGAGACGCAGACUGUCGUGCUGCUCAACCUGCCGCAGGACAACCGCAUGGUCAACGUCGUGCAGCUGCUGUACUCGGUGGCCAUCCUGCUGUCGACGCCACUGCAGAUCUUCCCUGCCAUCCGUAUCGCCGAAACCGAACUCUUUACGAGGAGCGGCAAGUACAACCCUUGGAUCAAGUGGCAGAAGAACAUCUUCCGCUUCUUCGUCGUGAUGAUGUGUGCCGCCAUUGCCUGGGGCGGUGCCGACAACCUCGACAAGUUUGUCGCCCUUGUAGGCAACUUUGCCUGCAUCCCGUUGGUCUACAUCUACCCUCCUCUGCUUCACUACAAGGCUGUUGCGCGAUCCAGGUUCUGGCGAUACUCGGACAUUGGACUGUGCAUCUUUGGCCUCAUCGCCAUGGGUUACACGACGAGCUUGACGGUCAUGAGCUGGGCCAACUCGGAGCCCAAGGCGCCCGGAUACUGCGAUCGGAGGGGCACAUAGGCUUGGACAUGCUGACGCCUGGGACAACGAGGGCUCAGUAUAGACGAAGCAUCACCACGAGGCCCCGGCCUCCGCCGUUCCCCACGGUACCGACAUGUCCCUCGCCGACGUGCGCGUGCGCCGAGACGCCCGCCAUGCCGGAGGGGCUGGAGAUUGACCAUGCGAACCCGCUCAACGGCGUCAUGGCCGGAUACGCGGAGCACGUCGUCCCAUUCCACCACAUCUCCGUCAUCAACUCGUCCUUCCCGAGCUCGGCGCCCCCCCGCAAGGCCAUCCAGUCGACGUCGGUCUACCUGCUGCCGAGCUUCAAGUACGUGCCCUUCCUGCCGCGCGUGUCGUUUGACAGCGUCAAGGCGCUGGCCAAGGGCUUCCUGCUGCCGGAGCGGCUGCACCCGGCGCACGCCGGCCUGUCGCCCGCGCACCGCGACCGGCUGACGCGCAAGGCGGCCUUCCAGGGCCUGCUGCCCGGCGUGCGGGACGUGGCGGACGUGCUGGUGCUGAUCUGCGGGCACGGGGGCAGGGACAUGCGGUGCGGCGUCAUGGGGCCUGUGCUGAGGAGCGAGUUUGAGGAUAAGCUUGGGAGGAAGGGGUUUACGGUUGCGAGGGAGGCGGUUCGGGUGGAGGGCUUGGAGGAGGACGAUGACGAGAUGAAGAAGAGGGUAGAGGGGAGUAACAGCGGAAACAGCAGCAGCAGCAGCAGUGAGAGAGUCGCGAGAGUCGGGCUCAUUAGCCACAUUGGCGGACACAAGUUUGCGGGCAACGUGAUCAUCUACAUCCCGCCCGGGUUUACGACGGAGGGAGGCGAGAGGCAUCCCUUGGCCGGAUGCGGGAUCUGGUACGGCAGGACGACACACCCUCUCAUACGAACCAUCUCAACAACACCAAAGCAGCAACCCUCACAAGCUCUCCGAAAAUACUCAACAACCACCCAAUCUCACCCCAACUCCCGCUCUAUCAGAAACUCACGUAGAAUCCCCCUCCUCAUCACCACCGCCGUCAUCCUCGGCAGCACAAUCUACUACCUCACCACCCCCUCCAAGCCAACCCUCCUCAACUCCGAGACCUUUGUACCCUACACAAUCACCUCCCGCGAAGCAAUCUCCCCCACCUCCUUCAUCUUCACAAUUUCCCCCCACACGCCAAACCCUUCUCUCCCGUAUCUCGUCUCCUCCUCCUCCUCCUCGUCGUCAUGGCGGUAUCCCCUCUGGUCCGUCGAGUUCAAGCAGCCACAGGUACAAAUCGCACGGCAUUACACGCCCUUACCUCCCCUAACCGGACACAAUCCCGCCGAUGGAUCGCUGAGCUUCUACGUCCGCGCCAUCGGGGGCGGAGAAAUGUCGACGUAUCUGAGUCGUCUGGGCGUCGGCCAGGACGUCUGGCUGCGAGGCCCUCACAUCGGCUUCGACGUCACCGCACGCCUCGGCGCAAUGAACAGCGUCGUCUUCCUCGCGGGCGGCACAGGCGUCGUCCCGGCAAUGCAAGUCGCAACAGCAGUCCUGGGACGCAACCCUGAAGCAAACGUCAAGAUCCUCUGGGCAGUGCGCAAGAGAGAAGAAGUCCAGCAGCAAGCCGGCAGCAAUCCCGCCGUCCGGAAACCCUCGUGGUGGCGGCGGUUCUGGGCCGUCAGGGGCAGCGAACCAGAAGAGCUCAACGCCCAGCUGCAACAUCCAAGCCCCAUUGCAAAGCAGCUCCAGGCUCUGCAACUACAGUACGGUCAGCGCCUGCAUAUCCAAGUCGCCAUCGACGAAGAGCAGACGCACUUCCGCGAGCCGGACCUCCAAAAGGCAAUCACAUCAGGGCCCCCUUCUUCCUCCUCCUCUGCCGCCCCUUAUUCCAGCCGCUCCUCGUCAGCGUCCGGAUGCCGUCUGCACGAUGCGGCAAUGCUGGAGCUGGCGCCAGAGUUUGAAGCGCCGGCCGCGGCAGAUGACUGCAAAUGCGGUCGCGGAGCUGGCAAGAAUCUCUUCAUGAUUUCCGGCCCGGACGGCUUCAUUGCGCACUAUGCUGGGCCCAAGCAGUGGUUGCGCGGCCAGCAGGUUCAGGGGCCCGUGGGCGGCGUCGCUGCUCGCCUUCAGAGAAGACACCCGUGGCUGGCAGACGACUGGCUCGUGUUGAAGUUA